CCGCCGCGCCGGGCGGAAGUAGGUCCGUCCUGGAAUUGGUUCCCCCAGGCGGCGGGGGGACGCCAGCGGCGGUAUCGCCGGAUGAGCAAGGCCUGGCGGCGCGGCAGGAUGGAAGGCGGCGAGCACGGGGAAGAGGCCGAGGCGGGCGGCGGGCACGGCUCUCACAAGAAGAAGCACAAGAAGCACAAGAAGAAGCACAAGAAGAAGCACCACCAUGAGGCGGCGGGCCCGCCGCUGCCUCCCCCGGCCCCCGAGCCCGCGGCCGGCCUGCGCAAGCCCCAGCUCAAGCUCAAGAUCAAGCUGGGGGGCCAGAUCCUCGGCACCAAGAGCGUGCCGACCUUCACGGUGGUCCCCGAGGCACCGCGCUCGCCCUCCCCGCUGAUGGUGGUGGACGAGGAGGAAGAGCCCACGGAGGGGGUGCCCAUUGAGCAGUACCGGGCCUGGCUGGAUGAGGACAGCAACCUGGACCCCUCACCCCUGCCAGACCUGGAUUCAGAGAGCUGUUUUCCUGCCCGUGAGGAAGAGGAGGAGGAGGAAGAGCGCUGGCUCGAUGCCCUGGAGAAGGGCGAGCUGGACGACAACGGGGAGCUUAAGAAGGAGGUGGACGAGUCCCUGCUGACAGCCCGACAGAAAGCCCUCCUGCACAAGCAGCAGAGCCAGCCGCUGCUGGAGCUGCCCAUGGGCUACAAGGCGAAGGAGCUGACAGAGGAGAUGCUGGUGAAGCGGGAGGAGAGGGCCCGCAAGCGGCGCUUGCAGGCGGCCAAGAAGGCGGAGGAGAACAAGAACCAGACCAUCGAGCGCCUGACCAAGACCAACAAGGCCAAGGUGAAGACGCUGCGGGAGCGCAAGGCCAAGCAGGCCCCUUGCCCCGUCGUCCACUACUGCAACGCCAUCGACCGCAUCACCGUCUCCUUCCCGGCCGGCAUGGCCCUGCCGCUGCUGCCCGCCCCGGCCCCCCCGGAUACGUUAGGGUACUGCCCGUCGGGGGCGGGGCACCGGGCAGCGCCCAUUGGCUGGGGCGCGGGGCGGCGGUGCUGGUUGGGCGACCCCGCCGCUAAUCAUGCGUCUGCGCCGCGCAUUGGUCAGGCUCUCCUCAACGCCCGCCCUAGAGGCGGGGCCCCGGGCAGCCUGGAGCGGCUGAGCCGGUCUGUGGGGCGCGGGGCGAGGCUGCCGUUGGCCGGCGUCCCCGUCAGUCACGGCCGGAAGGGCGGGGCUCCGCCUCUGGUUGGUGGCGGCGGCCGCCAAUUACGCGAGGGGGCGGGGCUCGGUCCCUUUGUCUCUGUUGUUGGGCGUGAGGCGCGGGCAGACAGCAUCUGA